CAAGAACUAAAAACUAUUGGAACACUUUUUCUUUAUCGGUUUGUGUUGGAAAAAUAAUGUUUAAAAGUUCUUCGUCAUUGUCAAUUAAACAAUUGUGGUUGUUGGGCAGCACUCUUAAUAAGCCUAAAGUUACAAGUUUUAAUGGCUUGUUGUCGUCAACGUCAUCGUUCGGUGCUAGUAAACGCUUUAAAGCAACUGCUUUAAAUUUAGCUGAAAAUUUGGACGAAUCGUCGAAAACGUCAAAUAGUGCUGCUGAUGCUACUAGUGUGGAAAUCGACAACAACAACACUAACAAUGUACCAAUUGUAAAUGCCGCAGCUGAUAUUGAUGCCAGCUUAGAUUUGCGUAAAAAAUUUGGUCAUACCGGAAAAUUGUUGCAGGAUAGAAUAAAAGCUGAGCGCAAAUUGAGGGCUGCGCCUUUGAUGAACUUGGUCUUUGCCAAUCGUAAGCUAUCCUUUUACGACACCAGCAAUCCUUCAAAUGAACAGCCACGUUUGCAGAAACGCUGCUACUCAGUUCGACCUCAUCGUGAACAAGAGCAACGCAAUGCCGAAGAUGUUCUCUUCGAUAUGUUCUACAAUGAGGAGACCGGCCUUAUAUCGAUGGGAAAAUUCUUGGCCGCUCUCAAGACCACUGGUAUAAGACGCAGCGAUCCACGUAUCAAGGAGCUUAUGGAAAAUCUCAAGAAGGUACAUAAGCUAUCCAACUAUGAAUCGGGAUCAUCGGCUGAGACACAGAAUUUGAAUCGUGAAACAUUUAAGGCUGUGGUAGCCCAAAACAUUGUCUUGAUUGCCAAAGCUUUCCGCCAACAAUUUGUCAUACCCGAUUUCGUGGGCUUCGUCAAAGAUGUCGAGGAUAUCUAUUGGAAGUGUAAAAGCAACACCGAUGGCAAGGUAGCCGAUUAUAUCCCCCAAUUGGCACGCUAUAGCCCCGAAUCAUGGGGUGUCAGUAUUUGUACCAUCGAUGGCCAACGUUAUUCCAUUGGUGAUGUCGAAGUACCCUUCACAUUGCAAUCAUGCAGCAAACCUUUGACCUAUGCCAUUGCCUUGGAAAAAUUGGGUCCCAAUGUGGUGCACUCGUAUGUUGGCCAGGAACCAAGUGGUCGGAAUUUCAAUGAAUUGGUGUUGGAUUAUAAUAACAAACCCCACAAUCCCAUGAUCAAUGCUGGUGCCAUACUAACCUGCUCCCUGAUACACGCCCUCAUCAAACCCGAAAUGACCAUGGCUGAAAAAUUCGAUUAUGUCAUGAAUUGGUUUAAACGUUUGUCGGGCGGUGAGAAUAUUGGUUUCAAUAAUGCUGUAUUCCUGUCGGAACGUGAAGCUGCCGAUCGUAAUUAUGCCUUGGGCUUUUAUAUGCGUGAAAAUAAAUGCUAUCCGAAACGUACAAAUUUGAAAGAGGUUAUGGAUUUCUAUUUCCAGUGCUGCUCCAUGGAAACCACCUGCGAAGCUAUGUCUGUUAUAGCCGCCACUUUGGCUAAUGGUGGCAUUUGCCCCACCACCGAAGAGAAAAUCUUCCGCCCCGAGGUGGUGCGAGAUGUCCUGUCAAUUAUGCAUUCAUGUGGUACCUACGACUAUUCGGGUCAAUUUGCCUUCAAAGUAGGCUUACCGGCCAAGUCUGGAGUCAGUGGUGGUAUGAUGUUGGUGAUACCCAAUGUUAUGGGCAUUUUCACCUGGUCACCACCAUUGGAUCAAUUGGGCAACAGUGUGCGUGGUGUACAAUUCUGUGAAGAAUUGGUGAAUGUUUUCAAUUUCCAUCGUUAUGAUAAUUUGAAACAUGCCACCAAUAAGAAGGAUCCACGCAAACAUCGCUACGAGACCAAAGGUUUGUCGAUUGUCAAUUUGCUGUUCUCUGCAGCGAGUGGUGAUGUCACCGCCUUGCGUAGACAUCGUCUAUCCGGUAUGGAUAUUACAUUGGCUGAUUAUGAUGGUCGCACCGCAUUGCAUUUAGCUGCCUCUGAGGGUCACUUGGAUUGUGUACGCUUCCUGCUGGAACAGUGUCAUGUUCCACACAAUCCCAAGGAUCGUUGGGGUAAUAUGCCCAUUGAUGAGGCGGAGAAUUUCGGUCAUCACAAUAUUGUGGAGUAUCUGAAGGAAUGGGCUGAAAAGACACAAAACACUGAAGAUCUAACCACGGAGGCUGUGGUUAAGAAUACUGAGGCGGAUGAGGAACUCAUCACUCAGGACAUCAAAACCGGUUAUGAUCGCAGUGCCACCGCAAGUCCCAUGCCUUCGGAAGCCAGUAGCAGCAGCGGUCCCGAUGAUCACAGCCGUCCCGGCCUUUAAAGACUUAGAUU